AUGGAUAAACUUGGUUAUGUGCAAUGUAUUUGUUCGGUCUCAUAUACUAUCUUACAUGGAGGGAAGGAGUUGGGACCUAUUGCUACUCAACGGGAUUUGCGUCAAGGUGAUCCGUUAUUGCCUUACCUUUUUAUUUUAUGUGCUAAAAGCUUUUCUAGUUUGCUGCGAAGUUAUGAGCAAAGUGGUUUGCUCACUGGUUAUAAGAUUGCUCUAGGUGCGCCAAUCAUUUCUCAUAUGCUUUUUGCGGAUGAAAGUUAUAUAUAUAUAUUCAACAAUACAAAUUGUGCUCUACGGGAUGCUAUUUGUGCUUCGUUGGAAAUUUAUGAAGUUGAUGAAAAUGGGUACUAUCUGGGCCUUCCAUGUUCGGUUGGAAGGAAUAAGAAUACUAUUCUCGGGUUUCUUAAGGACAAGCUUCGUAAGAGGAUACAAGGUUGGGAGGGUUGUAUAUUGUCUUGUACGGGGAAGGAGGUAUUGUUGAACUUUGUAGCUCAAGCCUUGCCAAAUUAUGCCAUGAAUUUUUUUCUUUUGCCUUCGAAAACUUGUAAGGAGUUAGAAAGACUUAUGGCUAAGUUUUGGUGGCAUUCAGAUUCUAAUAGUUGGAAGGGUAUAAACUGGAUGAGUUGGGAUAGGUUGUUCCGUCAUAAGCAUGCAUGGGGAUUAGGUUUUAGAUGUUUGAGAGACUUUAAUUUGGCUCUUCUAGGGAAGUAA